CUAUUUACCUUUUAUCAGUUUCAAUUGAUUAAUUAUAUAUUUCGUCUGUUAUGCAGAAACGGCCUGACGGGCCUCACAGGUCUCACACACACAGGUUCCGGUGGAGAAAUGAGUGAGGUUUUAUACAAAAGAUAAUUAUUGGAAAAAGUGACUUUUUAUGUAAAAUACCACUGGGCGGCUAAAAUGGGGGGAGUAUCGGCCGCUUCCGCAUAACGACAUCAGCAAAUACAAUAGUGAAGACUGAAACUGUCUCGUUGCCCCCUCCAGUGUAUCACUCUGAGACUGCGAGUGUUUGCUGUUGCAGAAGAAUCAGGUCCCCUUCCAACACCAGGAUACUUGCCGCUGCACUGCUGUACUAAUAUGAGGGAGUCGUCAUCAUUCUUUGAUACAAUGAUGAGUCAUCUACGUUCAACAUCCAAGUAUUAUACUGGUUACCCAAAGGAUCUUGGGCCAUCAAGGGUUAUCCAUUUUACAUCAGAGCGUGAAUUUGUCCAGCUCCUACAUGAAGGUUAUCCUGUGGUUGUGGCAUUCACCAUCAGGUGUAAUCUUACAAAACAUCUUGACAAAGUAUUAGAGGAAGCUGCUGCUGAGUUCUAUCCACAUGUGAAAUUUAUGCGUGUUGAGUGCCCAAAAUAUCCUGGUUUCUGUAUUACACGGCAGAAGAAGGAAUAUCCAUUUAUAGAAGUAUUUCAUAGUCCAGAACAAGCAUCUAGCCAGGGAAAGGUUGCUGAUCCAAAUAUUACUAAGUAUUCAGUGAAGGUUCUACCUUACCAUAACGACACUAGUGCCUAUGGAUUUAGAGAAUUCUUCAGGCGCAACGGAAUACGGUCAUCAAAUCCACAGUAAACAUCUGGAAGUAUAUAUCUCUGUAGGUUCCUUGAACAUUUGUUCUUUGGAACUUCACUCUAAUUUCAACAAUGCGAAUGAAGCUUUGUAUAACUAGGUCUUUGUGGGUCGAGAUUUUGAAAGAGAUGAUAUGUAUGUGUGGAAGAUACAGAGACCGGUUAAAAGGUCGAAAUCAUAGACUAUACAUAUCUUUCAUAUUUUGUUAUAAUCUCCAUAUUUGUCUUCACCUCAUUUUGUUUUAUUAGUUCCUGUCUCACAUCCCUUCCUCUUUUCCCCAUCUAUGCUACGAUCACAGCUAUGAGUUGCCUUUUGUUUUCUUUAGUUUUAGAGUUUGUGGAAGAUAGAGCAAGGAGUAAAAUAGCAAUUACAUUCCUUGUUUUUAGAUGCUAGAGUUUUAACUUUUUAGGUUACUUUCAAAAGA